AUGCAAAUGGCGAUGAACCAGGUCAAAGAAUGCUCGGAACACUCCGAGCAGAAGACCGAGCCCUUCUCACAAACCGAAAUUCAGGCCAGGCUGAACCGUUCCCGUUACGAAGAACUGCAGAUGCUAAGCAGCACUGUACCGCUGGAUGACCUCCAUUUACCAGCCAACAGUCACGACAUUCGCAUCUUGCUUCGGCCCUUGGCCAAGAAUCGCUCCUUGAGCCCAGGACAGAACUCGUUGUGGAUGAUGCUACGCACUGAGGCGGCCGGGCCAGAUGAAGCAUCACACAAGGUUUUGGCAGUGAGGCAGACACACAGGAACAUUUGCUUCCCGGUUAUGAUGCAAAAUCAACAACAUCCAGGUCGAGAUCUGUCUUUUGAUCUGUAUUUCGAUCCUCAGAGCGACAACUUGGUUAUCUUAAACCGAUCAGAUACACCGUUCACGUUGCUACGAUUGUCUGACAAACCUGAGAACCUUCGCAGAGUGCAAUUUGACAUCAACCCUGGUUCUAGCAAAACUCUCGCUCCAGGAACCUGGAGGGCUAGCAUGGAUGCUGUUGACCUGGUGGACUUUCGUAUUCUUGAAAGGGCAAUGCCCAGCUCUCACAGUCAUUCAAGCCCGUCGGCUCACCCUCAGUGUUGUACACUAGGCCAUACGCCCGAGGUGACAGGGAAAAGGCAGCUUGAAGACCAAGACGGCAACGAGAACGACGCCCCAGAGAAGAAGCGACGGCCAACGGAUCCUGACGACCAAAAGGGGGAUGAGGAUGGUGUUACCUUGAUUCUCCCCGCUAAAAACAACCUCCUAGCUCUCAACUCAUCCGAGAAGGAUAAGGCAGUAGUCAAGUCUACAGGACAUGCCCUCCUGGAUCUUCAACCAGGAGACACAUUGCAGAUCCCGAUUUCAAAUGGUGAAGCUCUAGUUGAUUAUAGCAUCACGAAAAUGGGGCCAAUCGCUUCUACAAGCGCAGCGACUGUCUUCACGGCCGAGCUUUCUGACCAUACAGACAUCCCCAAUGGCAUUGUCGUGGUCAAGGUCCUGAAGACAAAGCAUUCGACCACCAACGGCAACGAGAGUGCCGCGGCCCAUCAUGUCGUCCGCCAGGCACAUUCCUGGCUGCGGGAAUUCAGGAGCCAAAGCAACCUCAACCACCCAAGCAUUGUGCGGUUGUAUGGCGGCGACGCUAGAUAUCUCUCGUUGUACAUGGAACAUGUAGAUGCCAAAGACUUAACAGUCAGGGGUGUUUGGAGAUCGGAUUCUGAUUGGUUCAUUGGAAGUCAUGAAGAUGCCAAAACCAUUUUGCUAGACAUCACGAAUGCGCUGCACUAUAUGCACGGCAAGGGAAGGAUUCACAACGACAUCAAGCCAGGCAACAUCCUGUACAGUCCUGAGAGGGGAGCUGUGCUCUGCGACAUGGGCCUGUCGAGUCGAGACAAGGACGCGCCCAGCACUGGCGGGACACCAUGGUAUAUCCCACCUGAGUUCCUCGGUCUGAUGCAGCGUGGAGCUCCCAGCGACGUGUGGGCAUUGGGAGUAACGAUGCUCUAUGUUUUGAGGAGAAUGCAGUGGCCGGACGCGCGGGCUCAUAAAGCUCAUCCAAAGCAUUUACACUGGAUGAUCGCAGAAGUGAACGCGCGAACGCCUGCAGUUUCUCGCGGAAUGCCGCCUACUCAUUCGCGGGAAACGCCUGCUAUGAGGAUGCGCAAAUGGCUGAAUGAGGUUACUGUGGUCCGCAAUGGACUUGACAUGACCGAUCCCCUGGAGCGAUUAGUCCACGGGAUGCUGGCACCGAAUCCAAAGGACCGUGUGUCGACGGCCACCAUUCUGAACCAUAUCAAGUCGCUAACGGCGAAAAUAUCGUCCGACGGUUAA